AUGGCAGUCCAAUUCUGCAAAGGAUGUGGCAAUAUAUUAUCAAUAUCAGCCUCAGAAGAGAUCGAGUGUAUCUUGUGCGGAAAGAUCGCGACGAAUGAGCACCUCACCUAUAACAACGUCUCGACUUCAUCUAAUUUCCCAUCUCGCUUACGUACCAGGCUCCUCUCCCAGACUCAAGCUAUUACUCAAAAGCAACUCGAACGCCCUGUUAUGGAAAUGGCGUGCUCUAAUGAUAAGGCUACUUGGUUCGAGGCACAGCUGCGGAAUGCGGAUGAGGGCACUACGAUAUUUUAUCGUUGUCUGCAGUGUAGGCACAGGUACUGGUGUCGUCUUAUUCAAGACGAAGAGGGAGAUUGA